AGUGCGGAAGUGGCUUUGAGCUGCAGGACAUCUUUUGAAACAUGGCUGUGCAAAGCUGGAUCGAUGUCCUAAAAUCAUCCAAGAAAACAGCCUUGUUAACCGAUGGAAAGAGAAAGAUCCACUACCUCUUCAAAGAUGGGAAAGAAAUGGCAGAAGAGUAUGACUUGAAAACCGAUGAGCUUAUUGUACGAAAGUGGCACACUAAAAGCACGCUUGGAGCUCAGGGCCCAUGGGAGGUCGAGGUCGGGGAGACAUUCACAGGCCCUGUCACUUCUGUAGAUACAGAGGUGAUCAAGGAGAACUGCUCCAAUCCGGUGUUCAUGCGUAAAGACACAAAGAGCAGUUUUCAGUGGAGAAUUCGUAACCUUCCCUACCCCAAAGAUGUCUUCUGUGUGUCUGUGGAGCCGUCUGACAGAAGCAUCAUUAUAAAAACCUCAAACAAAAAGUAUUAUAAGAAGUUUGGCAUCACUGAUUUGGAUCGCAGUCAGCUGCCACUGGACAGCUCCGCCCUCAGCUUCACUCACGCCAAUAACACUUUGAUUGUCAGCUACAAGAAACCCAAGGAGAUCUUAACCCUUGAACACGAGCUUCUGAAGGAGCUGAAGAAGCUGAAGGGGACCAGUGAAGGGGACGUGGACUGCAAAACUCAGUGAAUUCAGAGUGCAGAAGUAGGAGAAUAAUUCUGUUGCGUGCGUUUAAAGCCGAACUCGACUGUGUCAUUUUGCAGUCACGUUGAGCUCUCUCUUCCUGUUCUUUAGUGGAGCCCUGCAUUAUGGGAAGACUUUUUCACAGUGCCUUUCCAAUGGUCUCAUGCUUACCUCAUUGUGUUAACAAAUUGAGGCCUAAUUAGUAGUUAUCAGGGUUGAAAGUUGUCCUGCCAUUCUUGUUUGAUCAGACAUAUUCAGUUAAAUAAAUAACACUGUAUGUAGUCUCCAAACUAUUUUUCAACGUUUUAGCUGAGAAAUAAAUGUUUUUCCAAA